AUGCUUGGGCUUACUAUACUUAGUGCAUUUCUUGCACUUAUUUCGCUUGCCUCGUCGACAAGCAUCCUGGUUCCUUUAUAUGUGUGGCCCGAGGACGACUCGACCUGGGAGCCCGUCUUCAAUGCCAUUUCUUCAUACCCCGAUGUUCAAUUCCAAGUCAUUGUCAAUCCCAACAGUGGCCCCGGCGAUACAGCCUAUCCUGAUGAGAACAUCAUCGCUGGCGUCGCCAAACUGAAUAGCCACGACAAUGUCCAAGUCAUUGGUUACGUCCAUACAGAAUACGCCGAGCGUGAUAUUUCAGAGAUCGAAAGCGAAGUCUCAACCUAUAGCAAAUGGGCUUCGUACAAGGCAAAGAACAUUACCGUCUCGGGAAUCUUCUUCGACGAGGCGCCCAGGAUAAAUGACGCGGCGAAAAUCUCCUAUAUGCAGAAGGUGUCGACAACAGCCAAGUCUAGCGCACUCUCGACAGUUGUCUUCAACCCUGGUACCGCGCUUGAAGCAGGCUCCGUGGAUGGAUAUUUCCAGGCGGCAGACUUGAUUGUCGAGUUUGAGAACUCAUACUCUACGUGGACGACUUGUAUUCCGGCGGAACAGUUCUCUUCCAGCAAGCAAUACGCCAAGGAUGCUAUCAUUCUGUACAGCGCACCUGAAACAGCUGAUUAUCGGGCUGUUGUUCAGGAGGCGCAGAGCAUGGGUCUCGGAGCUGCAUACUUGACCAGCACUGAUAAUUACAUGUCUGUUGCGACUGUGACAAAGGUUGCUGCCUCGUUUAACUAG